AUGAAGGGCAACAUCCGGGUUUUCUGCCGCUUCCGGCCUCUGGGCAAAAGGGAGCAAGAGAACGGCGACAUCCCGGUCCUACACAAGGCAGAUGCCUUUUCUGUGGACUUGCAGCGUCCGGCUCCCCACAACGAUUCUCGACGCUUUGAAUUUGAUGCUGUCUUCAGCAGUGACUCUUCGCAGGAAGAGGUCUUCGGAGACUGUCAGGAUUUGGUCCAGAGUGCGGUGGACGGCUACAAUGUGACCAUCUUCGCCUACGGCCAGACUGGAGCCGGUAAGACGCACACCAUGUACGGGACCAGUGAGAAUCCGGGUCUAGCACCACGUGCGAUCGAGUCCCUCUUCCGUGUGAUCCGACGAGAAGAGGGGCAAGGCCGAAAGAGCUUUUCUGUGAAGGCAUACAUGAUCGAGCUCUACAAGCAAGACAUCAUCGAUCUGCUCGUCGAGGCUCGGCCAAAGGAUCAAAAGUCCUUGCAAGACGCAGGCCGGGGCAUCAUGUUCGUGGAGGGCGUCAGCGAGCGUCCCAUCACGAGCCCGGAGCAGCUUAAGGCGGUUCUGGCCGAAGGAGAGCGCCGGCGGCAUACUGCGGCAACGGCGAUGAAUUCCAGCAGCAGCAGAUCCCACUUGUUGCUUAGCAUCAUCGUCGAGGCUGCCGUGAAAGAUACCGAGCAGGUCAUCUACGGCAAAAUCACUUUGUGCGACUUGGCUGGCUCGGAGCGUCCGAAGAAAAGCGAAGUCAGUGGGGAGGCUCUGAAAGAGGCCAUCGAGAUCAACAAGAGCUUGACGGCUCUGGGCGAUGUUAUCGAGGCUUUGUCCAAGGGAAGCAAGACCAUUCCCUACCGGAACCACAAACUGACAAUGCUCAUGCAGGACAGCUUGGGAGGAUCUGCCAAGACACUUAUGUUUGUGAACUGCUCCCCCGCGAGCUCCAACUCCGAGGAGUCGAUGAUGUCUUUGAAGUGGGCCACGCGAGCCAAGCAGGUUACAAACGAUGUGAAGAGGAAUGCAGACAGCAAGGAAGUUGCGCGGCUGAAGCAGGUCAUAGCCCUGAUGAGCCAGGCGCAGAAUGCACAGGACUUGAGGGCCUAG